AGGCCGACUGCUGCCAAGAAAGCAAAUUCGCAGCUGGUUGGUUUGGUUUGUUUUUGCUUUUGGUUUCGGCGGCUGGCAGAAAACUUGAGUUUAGGAAAAUUCUUAUUACUAAAAAUGCAAAGUAGUUCGUCUCUGAAUGAGUUGGUCUCAAUUGAAAGUAAGGAAGUGCAGGCACCAAGCAAUGGCGCGAUUCCGAGGAAGAAAAUGAAGGAAAAGAGAAACCGGGUGCAGCGACCAAAAAGCAAGCCCGUCGAAAGCUACUGGGCCGAUUUGCCAGACCUGAUUUUGGAGCAGAUCUUCUCGUACUUGAGUAUGAGACAUCGUUACGCUGCAUCCAGGGUGUGUCGGCGGUGGUACGAAGCGUUCUAUUUGCCUUCAGUUUGGUCCGAUUUUGUCAUGACUGACAUGACCCUAGUUCGACGGAAGUUCAAUUACUACAUGGGCUGGCAGUAUGUUUUGGACCAUAUGCGCACUCAAAACUGCCUUGCCGCUGUCGGGAAGAACAUAAAGUCGCUCAUUUUUGAACCCAUGUUCAGUUUCCACAAUUUGUAUGAAUUCGUUGUAAUGCUCACUUACUAUGCAGAACGCAAUGAGCAGUUAAGAUCUGGAAAGGUGCUUGUGGAUGUUCGAGGUGGCCAGAAAGGUAUAGCCAGUCGCAUCUCUCGGCUCCGCUUCACCUUUCCUUGCAACAUGGCUCCAACCGGACGUGAGGAGGACGAGUACAUUUUCGGUACCGGUGGGCUGCUGCUUGAAUCCCUAAAGAGAUUGAUGGGUAGUUUAGGCAGGACACUGAGGCACUUGCAACUCGCAGACCUUCUCCUCGAGAGGUUUGAAGCGCUCAAAUUAUUAGACGACGUUUGCUACUCCGGCUGUGAAACUCUUGAAAGCCUCACCUUGAUAAACGUGACCAAAGUUCCUUGCCAGAUGCUGCACGCUGGCGUUUUUGUUAAAUUACGAGUGUUAAAAUUGAGUCCUCAAAACCUUGGGGAGGAUCUGCUGAUUUUGCUGGGCGAUUGCCCGCACUUGCGUCACCUGCACAUAAUUCAAAACCGAUACACAACAGACAAUCUCUCUCCACUUUCGUGGAAGUCGUGGCGCGCCUGCCGAUGGGCCAACCCGAGACUGAACGUACACCUGCAGCUGGAGAACGUGCGCGACGGCGAAGUCCUCUGGCAACCAGGCAGUCCAGUACGAUCGAUUCUCUACAAAUCCGCUCAUCUCAAAGCAACGUCUGGUUCUAUUUUAACCGCAAUUGACCAGUACAGGGGUGACCUUCAGGUAUACGGACACCUUGGACUGCCCAGGUUUCAUCGGUCAAAGUCCUUUCACGACAGAAUCGACCCUCUCAUAUUACUCAUGUGUAGACAGUGCCCAAAUUUGCACACAAUUAUUGUGAGAGAGCGAAUUUCUACGGCAACAGUGUUGCUGUUGGCGUACACAGGUCUCAACCUGCGCUUUCUGCACGUGCGGCGCAACGCUGUGGUGCUUCGGCGCGACUGGCCGCGAAGCCCUGAGUGGAGCGACACUUUUUACAAGUGGCUGUCAACGGCCUGUCGCUCCUACGAGGCCACAGAACGCGAGGUGUCGCAGAUCCUGGGCUACAAGUGGACCAUGCUAACCGACCGGCAGUUCAAGCUGAUGAGCGUCGACCUGCAUCAGACCCCGUUCUUCACCUCUGCCACGAGGGCCUCAUUCCACACGUAUGUGCCGCCUCCAACUGUGCCGGUGGCUGAAAAGGCCAACAACGCCGUGCCCAUGCAAAAGAGGCGCGAGAAGAAAAAGCAGGAGCGCACAAUCGCCAAAGACACUAUGACCGGUACUUUAUUGUAAUUCAAUAAAAUUAAAUUUCUAUUUGCAA